AUGUGGUUAGCCCGGGGUGUGCAGUCUGCGGUUUUCUACUACGUAACAUGUACCCCGUGCGCCGCCGCUGUAGACCGGCGACGGAGAAAGAGAGAUGCUGCCCGAGUACAGCGUGAACAGGCCAAAUCGACCGUCAUUAUCACCGACCAGCCGCGUCCGUUCGCACAACCGACCCCGUUCAGUACGAAUUCAGGAUGGAUGGAAGAAAUUGCGUUAGGGCCAGGACCCCCAACUCGUCGCCAUAGAGCCAACAAGAAUGGUCAGAACGAGGCAAUGGCGCUGCCGAGAUUAUCGGCCACGUCUAGCACCACGGUAGAAGAUACGGCGUCGUCAGAGCAGGAUAAGGCGUAUUUGAAGACGUCUUUGGGAGACCGGUUUCACUGGGCGCGGUUCCAAAGAGAAGACGAGGUUCUCUGGGGUGAAGAAGAACAGCAGGUGCUCGGCUCUUCCGUCGGGUUUUCUGGUAGAGCUCGUGCGGGAACGAGUCAUUCGAGUAAAUACUCUGUUGGCCGUGCACCUCCAGUCAACGAUCUUCACCCGCCAAUUGUGAGUGGCCCGACGAGCCGUGCGGAAACUCGUUGGAUGUUACAGCCACCCCCUACUGCCAGGGUCAUGGCUGGAAAGGCCAAGCAUGAUGACUCAGUACGAACCAGCAGAGAGCCGAGUAUACGGAAGAAAGCCACACGCGAUAUGAAGAUUGAAGAAGCCCCUGAAGAUGAUGAGGUUCAGGAGGGACAGUCAGUGUCGGUUUCGGAUCUGCCGAGCUGGCUACCCGGGAGCACGAAUAGCAAUCGUAAGACGAGCGACAAAAAGCGUCGACCAGCGCCGGUCACAAUUGUCAAAGAGAACUCCAAUUCAGAGCCUUCUACCCCUCAGUAUCCACCACUGGCGACGCUGGCAUCUCGACCCGAGUCUAUGGCUCAUAUUCGCCAUGCGUAUGACGAGUGGCAUUUUCAGAUAUCCUCCACACGGUCCGACUCACCAUCGAGUUUGGGAUCACCCGUCGACUCGUUCCAUUGCCCAGACACUCCAUACUCACGCCCUGAAUCGAAACGCACAGAAGACAGCGGAAAAGCUUUCCGAUCGCCAUACUCCAGUACGGCAAGCCCGGGUCGCCAUGGUGAUAAGAGCAUCGAAGCGAUCCGCGUAGAAGUCAACGAACCCAAAACCCGAGACGAAAAGCCAUUAAAAUGGCGAUGGAGCUUUGACGUCUAG